AUGGCAGACCGGCCGCCGUUAGAGGCGCUCCGUGAAGCUGUGCCAACUCCUAUCGCGCAGCUCGGCCCUGAAAUCGACGAUGCAAAGUCUCGGGCUAUAGACGGCGUUGUUACCGUCACUUGGCCAUACAGCAUUGUCACGAAAUCGAUUGCCUUUAUCCUCGCCGAACACGACGUCUUGAUAAGACGGAACAACGGCCAAAUUCGAAUCGAAUUUCACGGUGCUUCUGGUAAAGCUUUUGCGGAUGCCAAUGUCGGCGGUGGCGAUCAACUGCGCAUAAGUCUGGAUGGCGCUCAGUGGACCAGGAAUGGGACGAAAGCUGGCUUGCCGGCUGGAUCACUUGAAUGGCAAUUGAAAUUCACUAAUCGACUAUUACUCACUAUUCGACGAGCCGAGUCGGACGAUCCAGAUGUUAUUGACGUUAAUGUGCCAGAAGACGAUGCUGAUAGAUCGUUGGAGCUGCCUUCGAUACCGCGCAUCACUCCACCAGUUGAAGCUGUCGGUGUGGAAAAUGAGGUUGCGAAUUCGAUGCCCUUCGUGCGACCUUCUACCGCAACGGUUUUAUCCAAACGACUUGCUUCCAAUACUUUUGAGCCAGAGGAAUUUGCAUCGCCAGCAUUCAUAAAAAGAGCCAGAGUUUCAUACGGAUCGCUGUUUGAAGGUGACCUGGACCUGUUUGGGGAUGAAAAGGGAAGGAAGAAGAAGAACAGGAGAAAGUCGCGGUUCAGUAUGGGUAAUACAGUUUGGAGAUACAGCAGCCGGUCUCCAAGUCAGGAAACCAAGGAACCGUCAGAAAUAGGGAGCCUAGAAGACGAAUCAACGGCUGAGAUACACGAGACUGCCGUGUCCAGCUUCGUGGCCCCGGCAUCGCAACAGUCCACAAUGGUUGACGAGGGAUGCCAAACACAGGAACUCGACUUUAGUCCCUCCAUGCAUGUCCAGGUCUCGGCUGAGGCGCAUUUUCCAGGGCAACAAUUGGCCGCAUCACCGACAGCAGGAUAUGCCAUCGACAAUACGACACAUCUUCAUACUCCAUCGAGAAACCUCUUCGGAAACUCGCAAUCACACCACGAGGUCCCUGGGGCGGCCACAGAACACAUGGAUUCGCACGUCCCUACCUCCCAACACCACCAUGGGUUUGACCUGGGAUUGCCGACGACACAUGUGGAAAUGGCGCCAAGUGCCUUUGCGAGUGUGUCAGGGCCGCCUGAUCGCAUAAUAGCUGAGGCACCGACUCCCGAAGCGGUUGGUGUUCAUGACUUUCCAGGUGUCACCCUGGCAGACCACCCUUAUGCGGAGCCUGCGCCGCAUCACGACCCAAACCUGCACUUUCAUGAAGAUAUUCAUUCCACUGAUCACGUAUUUCAACACAUUCCUCACCAGGAAAGUGACCCAUGGCAGCCAGAGGCUAUAUCAUCGUAUCCCCCCGUGCCCAACCAGCACCAGGACCAACACCAUACAGUGGCAAUAGACAGCUCCCGUGUAUCGGCGGCCGAUGUGAGUCGCAACACAGAUUUCUAUCACCCACAAACGGCGGAGGAGGAAGAACAAACAUCCCACACCCAUGAAACCUUUUCAAGGAGAGAAGAGGUUUUGCCUGACGCUGAAGAAGAACAAUACGACUCCGAAGACGACGGGGGAGACAUCAAGGGCGAGGACUAUGAUUUACGAAACUACGAACACACUCGGGAUGAUGACGAAUCUGAGUCAGAAGAAGAAUCCGAUGCCCCAGGAAGUGAUGUUGAACAGCAGGCUGUAGACUUUGAAGAGGAAGAGGAUGGUGAUACAAGCGAGGAAGAAGAGGAAGAGUACGAAGAAGAACCGAGCGCACAACAGCGUAGAGCGAUCGCAUACCGGCGGCAGGAGGAGUUUGAGGCAUCAGAGGAUGGCGCGUCGGCGGAAGAUGAUUCUGAGGAAGAAGGCGAGGAUGAUGUGAAUGGAUAUGACGAAGACGAAGAUAUAGAGGAAGAGUAUGACGAAGAAGACGAGGAAGAAUACGACGAAGAGGAGGAGGAAGUCGAAGAGCCACCACCACCCCCUCGUCGCCCAGCAGAACCUGUAUUUAUAAGUCUACUGUCCGAUUCGGAAGAAGAGGAAGAGGAGAAACCGGUUCCAACUAAAGCACCACAGGAAGUGCCGGCGGAUGAAAUGAUGCACGAGGAUGAUGAGGAUAUCGAGGAAGAGGCGCACACAUCUGAAGUGGAAGCAGCUGAACAAGAUAUUGAUGAGGCUACAACCACCCACCAGCCUGAGAGGGAUGACAAGACACAGGCGGAGGUUGACGAGGAAUCUGAGCCAGAGGCAGACGAGCCUAUGGAUGAGCCGACUCAACCAGCCACCGCGGUUCAAGAUGCUGAGCCAGAAGAGAUUAUCGAGCCGCAGGAGGAGCCUGACGCCAUGGAUGUUGAUGAAGCCGCCUCAGAGCCAGCUGGUCAUGCUGACGUUGAAGAAAGCAAAACACGCGAUAAUACAGCUGUCGAGGAUGUUAAGGAUGCCCCCGAAAUAGAGGCCCCUGCGGAGGAGGAUGCUGCAGAAGUCUCAGCAGCUGAAGAAAUCGAGGAAGCUACUCGCGAGGCAGAUGUCGAAGAGCAAGCAGAUGCACAAGAGUCGUCCGCGCAGGCCGUUGAAAUGCCAGAGUCUGUGCCAGCUGUUGACACUCACGAGACAGCUGCCAAACCAGACGAGGCAGCUGCAGAAACAGAACACGAGCAGUCGGAUUCACAAAAAGGCGAAACCGAAGAUGCAAAGCAAAACAAACAGCUCCCCACACCGAUAGAAACACAGUCACCAGAGAAAACAAUGGCACAGCAACCAGCACAUCAAGAGGACGAUGACGAUGCCGCCGCCGAGGACCAAAUCAUGAGCGAGUAUCGGGAGUAUCAAUCCCCUACUACCAAGCGCCCAACAGAGCACGUCAAGCCGAGCACCGAAAACGAAGCACCAGAGCCAACACAGUCACAAGAGUCUGACGUCCUCAUCACAGUCAAGUCCCUCCGCAGCCACUGCCACAACAAGUCACACUCCAUCGACUCUACAUCCUCCAGACGCGACGAUCCCAGCAUACGCCUAGCCCAAGCCAGCUCGCAAGCUCAAGAUGAGCCCUCUCAGCCAGAGCAAGACGCAACACAAACCUCACAAGGCAUACGUGUAACCCGCAGCACUAAAUCCGACCGAGACCCAAGCAUUCAACUUGCCAAAGCGUCCGCCGAGCCAUCUAAACCAGAUGAAACGCCCUCUACAGUCCGCGUCACGCGCAGCAUGACUGAACACUCGGAAGAACACCACCACCAACCUGGCGGAACAUCCAAACGACCUGUUACGCCUGAAACCCAGCAUGACGAGGUACUACAGUCGCCGUCCGUGUCAGGUUCCUUCAUCGAAGACGAGUCACUCUCCGCACUGAAGCGUCAGCUCCAACGGGACCUGCAGACACAACUCCCAGACUACAUACCCCUCAGGUCGCUACGCACAUCUCUCAACAAAACUACGGAUAUCCUCGCCGUGGCUACGUCUACGCCUCCGCAGCCGCAUCGUCCUAAACACGGCCCACGGGAUUACAUGCUUGAACUUAGCCUUACGGACCCGUCGUCCCCUUCAACAGUGAUCAUCGCAGACAUUUUUCGUCCGCACCAGGCUUCACUGCCUGUAGUUCACAAGGGGGAUGUGGUGCUGCUGCGUCGUGUGACGGUGGUGUCCAUGAAGGGGCGCGGUUUUGGCGUGAGGGUCGGUGAUGCGUCUGCGUGGGCGGUGUUUGAACACGGCGAUGAGGAGAUGUUGCCUCAGAUUAAGGGUCCGCCGGUGGAAGUGGCAGAUGAGGAGGUUGAGUAUGCAGGAGGGCUGAGGAGGUGGUGGGAUGCGCUGGAUGAUAGGGCUAGAGGGAAGAUUGAUAGGGCUACGCGGAAGGUUGUUUGA